AAGUUGUCGGUCCUUGUCAUCGCGCUCGAUGCGCCGCCCGCGGAACGGCGAAUAACAGGACGCGUUAUCUCGUGCAGCUCUAUGUCGUCGCAGUCCUCGACCCCAGUCCGCUCGCACCCUCUCUCCCCUGACGAACUUCCCUCGAGCUCCAGGUCGCGCAAGUCUCGGAGCAGUUCCAAGCAGCAGGCUGCUGGCUCAUCGUCCACCGCGGACUUAACGACCCCCUCUGCAACCUACUUCUCCCUCAAGGCGCAACUUGAGAAGGAUGGCGGAGCGCGCUGGGACGGCAGCGUCCGCGGCUAUAGCGCGCGCACGGAGAAGCCAAAGUCGGCGGCGUCUGGUGCUGCACACGAUCGGUUGACGACGAUGUGGGAUCGCCCAGCUCCCCUCCUGUUCGUCAACCAGCAACCCGCGGCUCUACCAACCUCUCCCCCUCGAACACCUCGUCCUGGUGCCCUUGUACCCUCUGAGGUAAUCGACGUCAACGAAGCGUCAACGCCACUAGCACCUCAAAUCGUCUCGACUAGAUGGCAUGAAUAUUCGGACGAGGCGAUACAGGCGGCCAUUUCGUCCUUUAGCGAGGCGGAGACGCCUGCCGAGGUCUCCAGACACCCCUAUCAUCCCGUCAUACGCGUCUUGUCGCAGGCAUUGCACAAGGUGACGCGCGCACGCGUAGAGCUAGAGGAGAAUAGGCGCCUCUUACUCGAGAGGGAGGAAGAGCGGCUGCAGAGGGCGGAGGACUUCUUGAAAGGCCUUGACACACCAGAGCAAGAUGUAGCUCGCCGAAUGAUGAGCGCGCUCUACCCCGAGAAGGCGGAGGGGAUGGGAGGGGACGAGCCCGUCGAGGAAGGAGAGGAUCGUCUGCAAAUUCGGAGGCAACCCAGUAUGCGGUCGCUAGCGGAAUCACUUUGUGAAGCCCUCGAGGAUGAGGUCCCGCUCUCGCAAAGCAUACCGCAGGAGCCAAUACUGUCCAACAUGCCUCCGCGCAAACCAGAUACCGAAUCAGAUGCUGGCGCCGAUCAACGCUCUGUCGCAGACUCCGAGGACGUCUUUGACGACAGAGCUUCCGUCAUAUCCAGAACGUCUUCCGUAGGGGACUGGAUGGGCUCCUGGUGGGGGAAGGGCAAGCGAGGACGGCCCGAACCUGUUAAGGCGACACAGUCAGCGCCUCCCGCGACCAUAUCGGAGGAGACGGAGCGACCUAGGCCAACGCGACGCAAAUCUGCUAAGAGCGUCUUCGGUGCACUCGGUAUUUCCAUCCUCAAUCCUAGCAUCUCGUCCAAUGUCGCUCGUCCGCAGGCCGUCAUCGAGACUUCUGCAGAAGACGAGUCCGCUCAGACCAUCACACUGCCUUCAGAGGGAACGGCAUCCACGCCGGAGAGCCGUCUGAUGUCGCCGGCAGUCUCUACCCCUGCUAUGCCUACAAUGUCUCGACUGACUACUGAGGUCCUACCGGACAACACUAUGAUCGAGACCACAUCUUCGAUCGAAGAGGCAGAGGAGAAGCCUCUCUUGCGGCAGGGCGCAUCUCUUCGCGCGAUCGUCAAUGCCACUCGUAUCAUGACUGGUGAACCUAGCAGCAUUUUGGAGGACCAGGGCCGGGAGACGGGGCCGCUGAUAUCGCGUCUAGCCUACGAACUGGUGCGCAACGCCCGCGACACGGGUCUUGACCUCCGGAAGCCUCAGAAAGAGCGCAAGGACCGGAGGCACCCAUCGAGGGUCGUCUCGGAAACUGCUGUCGAAGAACCGGCCUCCGCGACUUCUACGGUCUUCCCGACUUCGCAGGGACUCGAUGCGACCAUGACGCUCAAUCGGGCGCUUCGAAAGCAGCUGCAAUCGGGGCACAGGAAGGCAAUGGCGAAGGGCGCCGCCAUCAUGCAACCGUUUUCGUCGCCGCUUUUUGGGUCCUUCUCUAGCCAGCAGCAGCGGAAGCCGAGCACGCAGAGCGGUGCUGCCGGGACCUCGGCCUCUGGGCAAGACACUACGCUUGCUGCCGCCUCAAUUCCUCCGGUCAAGAAGCCUGGGUCGGUGCCACUGGAGUCCAUCAUCCCCGCCGUCGCGAAGCCGCCAACGCAAUACCUUUCACGCACCUAUACUCCCCUCACGUCGCGCGAUUUCCAGUUCUCCAUUCCGCUCCCUCAGUCGGCGUCGCGGUUCUCCAUAUAUCACGACGACAAUAAGCCGCUGACGGACCGGUACGGCUUCAUGUACGAUGUGUCGCAGUAUGAUGUCCUUCUCCUCAUCCGGGCGAAGGAAUGUGGUAGUACGGCGCCUGCCUGUCUAACCGGGGUCAAGAUUGCGGAUCGAGAGGAGAAUAAUGCGUGGCCGGAGGACGAGGAUGGCCAGUUGAAGGAGACGAUUGACAUCGUCAAGGAGAACUGCCAAUGCGACGGUUCACCCGACUCCGCCCCCGUGAUUGCGGAGUCGCCAACUGCUGAGUCCGUGGCACCGAGUCUCAAGUCGCGCUCGUCGUCGAAGAGCAGAAGGCGCUCGUCAACGCUUGUAUCGUCUGCCGUGGCAUCAAGCAUCAAUACGCCCGCGACGUCCAUCCUCUCCGUCAACACAAGCACCCCUCGUCAUGCUUGCGCGAAUACCGUACGCCGCCUGUUAGACCAGCUUGUCGAGAUCCAUGACCAGCGCCAAGCCUCCCGGCGCAAAGAGUGGGACGCAUUUGUCAAGCAACGCCGCGCCGCGCGCGCCUCCGCCGCGAAGACGCACAACUCGUCUGCAUCCAGUGGCGCGGCCGCCAUCCUCGGCCUCGGCACAGAGAUUGACGAGGAAGAGCUCUCCCACUCGGAGGGGCUCAUCGGCUUCGCGCAGCUCGGGCUGUCCGCGAACAACAGCGAGAAGCGUGAGUUCGACCGGCUCGUGCAUGGCGGGAUCCCGCUUGUGUAUCGCGCGAAGGUGUGGCUCGAGUGCAGCGGCGCGCUGGAGAUGCGCGAGCCGGGGCUAUUCCAGGACUUGUUAGCGAAGGAGGACGCAAGCAAUGAGUCGGUGAUGGGCGAGAUUGCGAAGGACGUCGGGCGGACCAUGCCAUUGAACGUGUUCUUUGGCGGCGACGGCGCCGGAGUCGAGAAAUUGCGCAGGGUGCUUAUUGCUUAUAGUCGACGAAACACCUCCGUCGGGUACUGCCAGGGGAUGAACCUCAUCACGUCGACGCUGCUGCUGGUGUACGGCGACGAGGAGGAUGCGUUCUGGGUUCUAGCCGCGAUCAUCGAGCGCUUGCUUCCCGAGGACUUCUUCUCGCCUUCGCUGCUCCCGUCCCGUGCGUGCCCUAUGGUCUUGAUGGAUUAUGUGCAAGAUCAGCUGCCGAAGCUGCACAACCACCUUCUCGACCUCGGAAUUGACCUCCCAGCGAUCUGCUUCUCGUGGUUCUUGUCCUUGUUCACGGAUUGCCUGCCUGUGGAGACGCUAUUUCGUUUGUGGGAUGUGUUCAUGGUGAAUGGGCUGGACGUUCUCUUCCGGGUCGCGCUGGCGAUCUUGAAGAACAACGAGCAGGAGCUGCUACAAUGCGAAUCCAUCUCGGCCGUUUAUGUCGCCUUGGAGAGCCUUCCAACGAGGAUGUGGGAAGCGGACAAGUUGAUACAGGCUGCGGCGGACCUUCGAAGCACGGUGUCACAUAACGAUUUGGUGAACAAGCGGAACGCGCAUGUUGCCGAGCUCAUUGCCUUGGUUUCGUCAGAAUGAACAUAGGAAUUGUGGAACACAAGGACACUCGCUUACAUAUUUGCUCUCAUACCUGGCUGUAUCUUCUACCAUAAACAUUUUCUCGUGGCUAAUGUGUAUCACUACGUAUUCACGGUAGAUAUUGUGGAUGACCUUGGGACUAUCACAUUCGUUAGAGCUAUAUCGCUUGAGCGCGUUUCAGACAGCUGUGCCUCUACUUGCGUCUGCC